CGUCAUUCGGUCAUCUUUGUUUGUAAAAAUUAUUGUGACCGCAUGUUGAACAAAUAGCGAUAGAAAAAAAUUACAUAAAAUUAUUACACUAAUUUCUCCGUUUACAAAAAUGGGUAAAAAGAAUAAAGAUUCCCUUGGACGAGCUCUUAUCAAAGAUAGAUUUUCUAAAAAUCGUCACCGAAAACAUGUUGAAGACAACACCAUGCUCCAUACUACUGAAGUUAAUGAUGGCUAUGACUGGGGUCGCCUAAACCUCCAAUCAGUGACAGCAGAGUCUUCCUUGCAAGAGUUUCUAUCGACAGCUGAGUUGGCACAGCGGGAAUUUACAGCAGAGAAGAUGAAUUUGAAAUAUGUGAAAUCAAUCCCUGAUGCUGUGGAAAUAGUGACGUCACAGCCCAAUUUUGAUGAACCAUUGACUGUUCCUAGAAGACCUCCUUGGAAGCCAGGGAUAACGGCAGAAGAGCAACAGGAGAGGGAACGUGAAUCAUUCCUGGAUUGGAGAAGACACCUAAACGAACUUCAAGCAAAGCUUGGGGCAGCAUUAACACCAUAUGAAAGGAAUUUAGAGUUCUGGAAACAACUUUGGAGGACUUUGGAGAAGGCAGACAUUGUUUUAAUCUUAUUGGAUGCCAGAAAUCCACUUCUAUUCAGGUGUCAAGACUUAGAAAAGUAUGCUGUAGAACAGAAAUGCAAGUGUAUAUUGCUACUGAACAAAGCAGAUCUGACCAAUGAGUAUGAAAGGAAAUGUUGGGCAGAAUAUUUCACUGAAGAGAAUGUCCCUAUUGUCUUUUUCUCAGCUGCUAAACAAACAAAUGAACGAAAAAUAUCUGAAGCAAGCAGUGAUUCUAAAAGACAGAAUGAUUUUGACCUUAAUUCUGAAACAGAAACCGCAGAAUCAUUAGAUGAUAUAACUGCAAGUGAUUUAGAAGAAGAAGCUAUAAAAAGUACAGAAGAAGACAUAGAAUUGUUUAAAAAGCAAUUAGGGGAUCUUGAUAAAGCGGUAGAAUGUACUGCAGACAAAUUAGAUAAGAUACAGGAGUUAUUGGACAAAGUAGUAGAAAAUUUAAGAUUGGGAAAACCUGUGGAUCCUUAUCCAAACACAGAAGAAGUACCUGAAAAUCCAAAAGAAGUUUCCAAUGAAACUGUGAUGAAUUCUCAUGAAAUAUUUGACAGAAAUAUGUUGCUUGAAAUGCUUAAGAAACAGAAAAUUGACAAUUUGAAAAACCCACCUAGAUUAUCCGUUGGAAUGAUAGGUUAUCCUAAUGUUGGAAAAUCCAGCACAGUUAAUGUUAUAAUGCAAACAAAAAAGGUGAGCGUAAGUGCUAUGCCGGGCCAUACUCGUCACAUUCAAUCGCUAGUGUUGGACGAUGAAGUCGAAUUACUGGAUUGCCCAGGGUUGGUGCUUCCAGCUUAUGCAGUCGCUCCAGACCUUAUGCUGACAGCUGUUUUAUCCAUUGAUCAGAUGCGUUCCCACGACUCGGCUAUGGCACGCCUCUGCCAGUUGGUAAGCCGGCACACCUUCGAACAGAAGUACGGCCUAUUGUUGCCGCAAAGUGAAGACGGCAACAUUGACUACAAGCAAAUACUCACCGCUCACGCUUACAACCGGGGCUUCAUGACGGCAGCCGGCCAGCCGGAUCAGUCGCGUUCAGCUCGGUUACUACUAAAGGACGCGGCUAGUGGCCGACUACGAUGGGCGGAGUUACCCCCCGGAUUUGAACCUCAACCUUUAGACCAUAUGAUUGAAGAGAAAAGGACAGAGAAACGGAAGCCCACUCCACGCGAGGCUAGGAUGGUAGAAGGCUGGUUGAACAAGUCGGCUGAAAUAGACAGUGCAUUCUUCGCGAUGAACAAAAGCUCCGCCCACGUCAAAGGGAAACCGGUGAUGGGAAUAGUAGGCGCUCAGCAAGCCGGCGCCCACAUCCUUAAGCCCUGGAAACAAGAGAAGAAACACGCAAACAAAAACAAAAGGGAGAAACUGCGACGCGUAUACGCUCAUCUAGACGAAAAUUGACCAUAAUGUAUGUAAACUUUUAAAAAUUCAACCAGAUUUAUUAGCUGCAUUCUCAAACGAGGGGAUUGCAUUUGUUAUAUUUACGUCUGAUGUGGCAGAUGUCUAUGGGCGAUUUUGGUCACUUAGUAUCAAGUGAGCCGUCUACUUAUAUGCCCCCAG